CUUCGACUGUUGACGUGACACUGAUUGGCAGGAUCUGCUGAAACAGAAUACUUGUUCGUCUUCCACAGUUGUCUCUCUCUCUCCACCAUAAGAAAGUUCUCUUUCUUUAUUGAUUGAUUGAGUUUUGGUCUAGAAACGAAUCGUUUCUUAAUGGCUUCCCAAAUUGCGAGACGCGUGCUUCGAAGCUACGCGAAGGAUAUCUUCUCUAACCCCAAGAAUUCAGGAGCUAGGGUUUUCGAUCGAAACUUCACUACAGCCGCGUCUGAAUCCAAUCUGAUCCGAGCCACACUCUUCCCUGGCGAUGGUAUAGGUCCCGAAAUCGCCAAUUCCGUCAAACAGAUAUUUAGCUCUGCUGAUGUGCCCAUUGAAUGGGAAGAACACUAUGUUGGGCAGGAGAUAGAUCCUCGAACCCAGAGUUUUCUCACAUGGGAAAGUCUAGAAUCUGUUCGAAAAAACAAGGUUGGCUUAAAAGGACCAAUGGCCACCCCAAUUGGAAAAGGUCAUCGUUCGUUAAACCUUACUUUGAGGAAAGAGCUAAAUCUCUAUGCCAAUGUUAGACCUUGCUACAGUCUCCCUGGAUACAAGACUAGGUAUGAUGAUGUUAACCUCAUCACCAUCCGCGAAAACACAGAAGGAGAGUACAGUGGUCUUGAACAUCAAGUGGUGAGGGGUGUUGUCGAAAGCCUCAAGAUCAUUACUCGUCAGGCAAGUUUGAGGGUGGCUGAGUAUGCUUUUCACUAUGCUAAGACACAUGGAAGAGAUAGAGUGUCAGCAAUACACAAAGCUAACAUCAUGCAGAAAACCGAUGGUCUUUUUCUUAAGUGUUGUCGUGAGGUGGCAGAGAAGUUCCCUGAGAUUAAAUAUGAGGAAGUUGUCAUUGACAAUUGUUGUAUGAUGCUUGUGAAGAAUCCAGCGCUCUUUGAUGUAUUGGUGAUGCCUAACCUUUAUGGUGACAUUAUCAGUGACCUUUGUGCUGGGUUAAUUGGGGGAUUGGGGUUAACACCAAGCUGCAAUAUUGGUGAGGGAGGUAUUGCUCUUGCUGAAGCUGUACAUGGCUCAGCACCUGAUAUUGCUGGAAAGAUCCAAUGACCUAGUGGUAGAGGCACUAGUCAGCAAUAUGGAAGCAAGUUUCUAGCCAAAAAGUGAUCUGUUUGGGAAUUAUAUAAGAUACUGUGUUUCGCUGAGGGACUUCUUGUCUUUAGUUCAUCUAAAUUUGAUUGUUUAGCAAAGCUUUUUUUAAUCGGACAUCUGUGUGCUUAUUAUCUAUCUUUGGUGUGGUUGAAUUUAUGUAGAAUAUGGCAAACCCCACUGCUUUGCUUUUGAGUGCUGUCAC